AUGACAUCCAAAGGGGCGAAAGACAGCCUGGCCGCCAAACUGGGCUUCAAAUCAGGUGGCUCUUCCUCCAAAGCCGAAGCAGAAAUGGAACGAGUUAGGAAGGAGAACGCUCAUCUGAAGAAGAAGAUUGACGAGUUGGCCAAACGACACAUCAGGCCGCCCGACUCGGAGAAAAGCAAGCUGCUGGAAAGGAUUGUUUCGCUGGAGACUCUUCGCGAGAGGAACAAUCAACAGUUGCUGCUCAAGGAGCAAGAGUUGGAAACUGUCCGACGACAGCUGACGGCUAAAGGAGGAGAGGUGGUGGCGGCAUUGCAGUCCCAGCUGGACGAGCGACGCAAGGACGCCGAGCAAAGAGACCAACACUUUCAGAACCUUUCGCAGGAGACUGAGAACCUGAAAAACAAGCUAGCCACAGUAUCAGCCCGCUGCCAAUCUCUGGAGUCGCAAGCGACAAACGGACAGGCCUCCUCUACGGAAUUGGCCUUGGUACAGGACCAACUCCGAGAUGCUUUGGAGAAGAAUCAGCAGUGGCUGGUGUACGACCAGCAGCGAGAGGCCUACGUGCAGUCGGUUCUGGCCCGCACGCACGAGCUGGAGCAACAGCUGAGCCGGGCCAAGCAGCAGGACUCCGCCUCUACCACCGUCGACACGGCACAAGAGGCCAUUUCCAACUCCUCGGAGAGAGAUGAACUCGCCAAAGUUCGGGAAGAACUCCUUGCGGCGAAGGAACAGAGCGCGGAGAGUCAAACCGAGCUGCGACGUCAGACGGAGCUGGCGGUACGGCUGCGUGAGGAAACAGCGGCGCUGAGGCGGCGCUUCGACGACAAGUGCGACGAGCUGUCGUCUCUUCAGAGGAGGUUCAAGGAGAGCGCCAAAGAGCUGGAACAGGCCAAGGCGCAGUUGCAGACGGAGCGGCUCAGCAGCAGAAAUGUCGUUUCGGAGGAGAGGCAAGCGUCAUCUGAGCGAGUUGAUAGAUUGAGAGCUGAAUUGGAAAGCGGCGAUCUCAGGCUGGAAGAGGAGAGGAAGAGAUCCGCAGAACUUCUACUCCAAGUCAACCUGCUGCAGAAGUCUCUCCUCAGCCAAAAUGACGAGCAGAGGAGGGUCGCGGCGCUGGAGCAACAGAUUCAGCUCUCAGUCAAAGAUUUUGAGAACGAGAAGAAGGACCGUCAAAUCAUCCAGCAUCAGCUUCACAAAGUCCUCAAGGAGCUCCGUAAGGCUCGCGAUCAGAUUGCCAAAUUGGAGUCAAACAAGCAGCUUGGCAGUCGUUACUCAGAACCCAACUCCUACGCCAAACUGGACGUAGAACGCUUGACUCUGGAUGACCCAUGCUCGCCCACGUCGCCCCCCAGGGCGGUCGGCCUUCUGGAUGAGAGCUUCCUUGAGUGUCCCCGCUGCCAGGCUAACUACCCCACUAGCCGCCACCGGGAGCUGCUAGCCCACAUCGACUUCUGCUUGGCCUGA